CACCGCGACGUCCACCUGCUCACCGUCGGUCGCUACACCUACACCAGCGACCAGCGCUUCAGGGCCAUCCACCAACCGCACUCCGAGGAUUGGACGCUGCAGAUCAAGUAUCCGCAGCACAGGGACUCAGGGGUGUACGAGUGCCAGGUCUCCUCCACGCCGCAUCUCAGCCACUUCAUACACCUCACCGUCAUAGAGCCGGAUACGGAGAUCGUGGGCGGCCCAGAGCUGUUCAUUGAUCGCGGCAGCACCAUCAACCUCACCUGCGUCGUCCGACAUAGUCCCGAGCCACCGGCAUUCAUAUUCUGGAACCAUAAUGAUGCUAUCAUCAGCUACACUAGUUCGAGAGGUGGAGUGAGCGUAUCUACAGAACGUGGAGAAACUAGUCGGAGUGUCCUUCUCAUCCAGAAGGCAAGGCCAUCAGAUUCCGGAAACUAUCAGUGUAACCCUUCCAAUGCAAGGCCGGCUAACGUAACUGUACAUGUAUUGAAUGGUGAGCACCCCGAGGCAAUGCAACAUGGAGGCAAUCAGAGAAUGGGCCCCUCCCUAGGGGCAUUGGCGUUCAUCUCCUACGUUUUGUUGGCUUACUGUUAA